AUGCACGAUGCGAGUCAGAGCCCCGAGAGAACGAUCGAUCGCGUAUCGCUACGGAAGUCUCGUCGAAGGCUGAGCCGGCCGGCCGACGCGAAACUCGCGCAACUGUUGUCCGCUUAUCCCGACAACAAGGUGAAGAUAUUGAACGGCGUGACCGUGAUGAUCCCCGUGCCGGUAGAAGACGCGAGGGCUCUCGGUCUUCGAGUGCCGGAGGAGUCCGACGGCCUCAAAUCGAACAGAAGCUCCGCUCGCCUGUCCACGUCCAAGGUUAAAAAGAGAGAGAACGACGACAACGAGUUCAACAGGAGGGAUGUGAAACGUUGCCAGAACGUGGACGCGAGGAGAGAGGAGAGAUCUAAGAAACUUCCGAAGAAUCUGAAGGAAGUGCGGAAGGCCCAGCGAAACACCACGGUGGACAAACUGAGUAGUUUGCAGGCGAAGUUGGAACGUGGUCUGAGGAACAUCUCGAACAAAACGAGAGCACGGCCGAAAGUUCGCUCGGAUGCGACGAAGGAUUUCAACGCCCUAUCGAACGUGAGCCCGAUGACGCGCGGAUCUAACCGGCCGAUCUUGACGAUGAGGAAAAAUCCGUCGUCCUCGCGGGAAGACAAGUACCAGAGUAAAGGACCGAGCUCCGUAUCCACGAAGCAAUUGUUCAGCUUGACCGAGUCGUGGAGCAGCGACUCCGAUUCGGAGCUUCAAGAGUUACGAGAAACGAUCGAAAGGCUUCGAAAGCAGAGCGCCGAGGCUGGCUUGAACAACGGUCCACCGGCGAACAACGGCCGCCGUCACACCCUCGGCGAUUCCGAUUCGGGGACAACCGGCUGCACGGGGAACAGCAACCACCAGGGUGCCUCGAUGGCGAGACAGCUGUCCGCGGACAGCGUCACCUCGUUGAACUCGUUGAGCAGCGCCUGCUCGGCCAGCAGCCAUCACAAGAAGAAAGGCUGGCUUCGUAGCUCGUUCUCCAAGGCUUUCUCGAGGUCGCGGAAGAACAGGCACGGCUCCGUCUCCGACGCGGAGGAUUGCAAGGAGACCGCCGGCGGAGACCUGAGCGCGCCGAACAGCCCCAGACUGCCGAGCGCCUCGAAACACGAUGCUUCUCAGGGCCAGGGUGCUAGAAGCAACGGGCAGAAAUCGCCCGAGGUCGAGAAUCCACUGACCGGUAGCAAAAGCAGCUCGGCUUUGUACAAGAAGGAGGACGAGGAUGUGGUGGAACUGAAGAAACAGCUGAGAGAGAAGGAUCUCGUGUUGACGGACAUCAGGCUCGAAGCUCUAUCAUCGGCGCAUCAGCUGGAAUCGUUGAAGGACACCGUUAUCAAGAUGAGGAACGAGAUGCUGAAUCUGAAGCAGAACAACGAGCGUCUACAGAGACUGGUAACGUCGAAGUCGUUGACGUCGUCUCAGUCGUCGCUGCCCAGCGAUCCGGACAGACGCUUCAGCAUGACGGAGGUAGCGUCCACCGUUGCUGCGCUUUCGAACGGCGACACCAGUACGACGGCGGAUCAGUUGGAGGAUUUGAACGUGCCGGAGCAUCCGGUGGUGCCGUCGACCACUUCGACCACGGGAGAACCAGCUUUGGAACAGGACACCGACGGGAAAAGGAUCAACGUUGCUAUUUACCUUGGUAGCGAGAAAAAUUUCAACUACAAUCUCGUAACGGGGAGCACAUCCGACGGCAGCAUCGGUGAACCUCCUCACUGCAUCAUCGCGAACGUUUGCAUCAGCAAUAAAACUACGUGGGAUUCCCUUGAUUCCACCGUGAGGCGAUGCUUCAAAGAGUACGUUUCGAGGGUCGAUCCUGUGACGAACCUGGGCCUGGGUGUCGAAUGCGUUGCUGCCUAUCAUCUCGGAGAAGCUUCUAGAUGCACCACGGAUUCUCAGCAUCCAGAGUUGCUUCCUUGCGGCUACCUGAUUGGCCACGUGAAGACCAUUUACUUGGUGCUGUCCGGUUACUCGUGGCUCGCCGUGGAUACUCUGAUACCACGAUCCAUUGUGCAGCGACUGAUAUCUUUAUUAACUGAACAUCGUAGGGUCAUUCUGUGUGGGCCCAGUGGUACUGGCAAGAGUUAUUUGGCUGGGAAAUUAGCUCACGCUCUGGUCGAUGCCGACAACGAUACGAAGGAUGCCACGGCGGUGGCCACCUUCAAUGUCGAUCACAAGUCCAGCAAGGAACUCAGGCAGUAUCUCGCACAUAUCGCCGAAAGAUGUGACUCGAACGCGGCUGACGAGCUACCGAGGGUGAUCAUCCUCGAGAACUUGCAGCACGCCGCGUCUUUAGGAGAAUUGUUCAGCGGGCUGCUUGGCACUAGACACUCGUCUUGUCCAGCUAUUAUCGGUACGAUGAGUCAGGCCACUUGUAGCACCACGAAUCUUCAAUUACAUCACAAUUUUAGGUGGGUGCUCUGCGCCAAUCACAUGGAACCAGUCAAGGGAUUCUUGGGACGUUAUCUCAGGCGGAAGCUGCUGGAACACGAGUUGCGCGAGUGUGGCGGAACCAGAAACGCAGAAAUGGCAGCAGUUGUCGAAUGGCUGCCCCGGGUAUGGUUACAUCUGAACAAGUUCCUAGAGACCCAUAGCAGUUCUGAUGUGACGAUAGGACCGCGACUGUUUUUAUCCUGCCCGAUGGAAGUAACAGGUUCUCAAGUGUGGUUUACCGAUUUAUGGAACUACUCCGUAGUGCCGUAUCUGGUAGAAGCGGUCAGAGAAGGAUUAACACUUUACGGUAGACGCGUAAGUGGGAAUGGGAACGGGGAUUCCUCCUGGGAAGAUCCAGCUCAAUUCAUCACUUCGAGUUAUCCCUGGAUUUCCACGCACGCGGUACACGGUGGUAGCGACGCGCUUCUUCGUUUACGGCCUGAGGAUGUUGGCUAUGAUGUCGUCACGUCGGGACACGCUACCGGAGUCGGCGCAUCUAGCGUGAAAAGCCUUGGUAGCACACACAGCGAUACAGAAGGAGAUCCACUAUUGAAUAUGUUGAUGAGGCUACAGGAAGCAGCCAAUUAUUCGAGUCCUCACAGCAACGACAGCGACUCGGUCACCUCGCUUGACUCGUCGCACACUCGACAGUCCGAAGAUUUAAGUUCGUCGACAUCUUCGUCAAGAGGCGUAGAAUCAGCGCUUUAA